UUUCUCCUUUAUCUCACAGCCUUUUCUUUCUCCCUCCUUCUCCAUUUCAGUACAGUAUCAUUCUUUUCAGAAACACAGAGCCUUCUCUGUGCCUGUUUCCUCUUGCCCUUUAAUCAAUAGCCACACCAGAGAGAGUUCUUCACAUGAAUGAGUCCUUGUGAAUUCUCAGCCCAGACGUCUCUCUCUUUCAGUGGAUGUGCAGAACACAGCUUACAAUCUUGAUCACCUCUCCUAAUCCCCUCUUUUGCUGAGACAUAAGGGAUCCUUAUCAUGUUGACCCGUGGAAUAUGCAAGUCUACUGGUCUCAGUGCCCAUCACACCAUCCUCUUCUUCCUCAUCCUCCUGCAGGGAGCCCAGGCUGAAGAUGGCAAUAGGAAGCAGAUGCCCAUCCCAACAAGUGCAUUGGAACUGGUUCCACCUGAACUUGCCAAUAAUAGAAUUGGAAAGGAAAACUCACAGCUUAAAGAGACGGCAUCUAAAAGUGUUGCCCAUUCUAGAGAAGAACUUCUUGAGUCUGAUUCUGUAAAUGAAGGCUUGGUUUCCCAGAAAGAAGACUCUGCAAGCCCAAGCACAGCUCCUAACUUUGCUGGAAACCAAACUCUACCCACCAGGAAAAAACCUCCAUCGUUAAAACAACUGAACACAGCUAGGAAACGUUUGAGACCUCUCAGUAUGACAGUCUCUGAAAAACCUAUGGAUUCAAGUUCUAGCUUCCCCCCAUCAACAGCAAAAGCCCCUGCCUUAAAGGAGCCAUCUACUGAAACUAGAGAAACAAGGGGACCUAUUCCAGAGUUUCCAUUGUGGAUAAACAGAAGAAGACACAAUGGUGCAAUCUCCCAACACCCCCUCCAGCUCAAUCCAUACACAUCUCUACCAUCUGCCCCACAUAGUCAUGAUGACGUAAAAUUACCAGCUCCAGACAUAAACACCUCUCUGCAGGCAGAUGAGCCUAUUAGGAAACAAUUUCUAGCCAAUGAUUUGAGUGCAGGGGAAGAAAACCAAGAGACAACGACUUCUACAAUAAUUACAACAACGGUGAUUACUACAGAGCAGAACCCAGUUCAAUGUAGUGUGAACUUCUAUGAACCAGAAGGGUACAUUGACUCAACAGAUUACCCUCCACUUCCUCUGCGGAAUUUUCUGGAAUGUACCUACAAUAUUACAGUUUACAUGGGAUAUGGCGUGGAGUUACAGGUGAAAAGCGUAAAUUUGUCUCAGGGAGAACAGCUUGCCAUUCGCGGAGAAGGACAAAAUGGCCUGGUAGUUUUAGCAAACGAAACACUUCUGGUUGAAGGUCAAGUCAUCCGUAGUCCAACCAACAGCCUCUCAGUUUAUUUCAAGACAUUCCAAGAUGAUGCAAUUGGAACCUUCCAACUUCAUUAUCAAAUUUUCAUGCUGAGCUGCACUUUCCCUCGGAGACCUGAUUAUGGAGAAGUGAAUGUUGUGGGCCUGCACGCAGGUGGAAAAGCCCAUUUCCACUGUAAUAUGGGAUAUGAACUGGAGGGAUCCCAAAACCUUUCAUGUAUCAAUGCUUCUAAACCACACUGGAGUAGCAAAGAGCCUAUCUGUAAAGCUCCAUGCGGAGGCAGAGUAAAAAAUGCUACUGUUGGAAGAGUACUUUCUCCAAAUUUCCCCAGUAACUACAGCAACAAUCUCUUCUGUGCGUGGACUGUAGAUGCUCCCAAAGGACAGAAACUACAUCUGCAUUUUGAAAAAUUUAUCCUGGGUGAAAACGACAGGCUGGCUGUUUACAGUAGUGGAAAAGUUCUCUUUGAUUCUACCAAGACAGAAACUGUGCCGUUUGAGGGUCUGAUUAGUGAAGGAUCUUGUGUAAGAAUUGAAUUUUCUACAGAUGAGUCCAAAACUGCUCCUGGGUUUAAUGUUCGCUUUGAAGCAUUUGAACGAGGACAUUGCUAUGAACCUUAUAUCCAGAAUGGUAACUUUACAACCACAGACCCUACUUACAGCAUUGGGGCAGUGAUUGAGUUUACUUGUGAUCCUGGUCACUCUCUGGAACAAGGACCAGCAGUAAUUGAGUGUAUCAACAUAAAAGAUCCAUACUGGAAUGAUACAGAACCACUCUGUCGAGCCAUGUGUGGGGGUGAACUCUCUACACCAGCAGGAGUCAUUCUGUCUCCAAACUGGCCAGACCUGUACACAGAGGGAGAAGACUGCAUAUGGAGGAUCCAUGUGGGUGAUGACAGAAGAAUAUUUCUUGAUAUUCAGCUAUUGAAUCUGAGCAAUAAUGACAUCCUGACCAUCUAUGACGGAGAUGAAAUCACAUCAAAGAUUUUAGGCCAGUUUGUUGGAAGCACUGGACCUCAAAAACUCUACUCAUCCUCACCAGACCUGUCCAUACAGUUUCACUCUGAUCCAGCUGGGUUGAUCUUUGGGAAGGGACAAGGAUUUAUAUUAAACUAUAUAGAAGUGUCUAGAAACGACUCUUGCUCAGACCUACCUGAGAUCCAAAAUGGAUGGAAGACGACAUCUCACACAGAUCUUGUAAGAGGAGCAAAAAUCACUUACCAAUGUGAUCCAGGUUAUGAUAUUGUUGGGAGUGAAACCUUGACAUGCCAAUGGGAUCUCAGUUGGAGCAGUGAUCCUCCAUUUUGUGAGAAAAUUAUGUAUUGCACAGACCCUGGGGAGGUAGAGCAUUCAACAAGAUUAAUCUCAGAUCCAGUUCUCCUUGUUGGAACUACUAUUCAGUACACCUGUAACACAGGAUUUGUGCUGGAGGGAAGCUCUCUCCUGACAUGCUAUAGUAGAGAGACCGGGACCCCCAUCUGGACAUCAAGAAUCCCCCAUUGUGUUUCUGAGGAGUCCCUGGCAUGUGAUAACCCGGGUUUACCUGAAAAUGGAUAUCAAAUACUUUACAAGAGACUCUAUCUGCCUGGCGAAUCUCUCACAUUCAUGUGUUAUGAAGGAUAUGAACUGAUGGGAGAAGUAACCAUUAAAUGCAUAUUGGGCCAGCCGUCUCAGUGGAGUGGACCUCUUCCAGUCUGCAAAGCCACACAAGAACGUUUUGAACAUGCGUUACAAGUGGCAGAAGCAGCGGCAGAGACUUCUUUAGAAGGUGGAAACAUGGCUUUAGCCAUAUUUAUUCCUGUCGUCAUUAUUUCUGUGCUGCUCGGCGGAGCCUACAUUUAUAUCACAAGAUGCAGGUACUAUUCUAGUCUCCGCCUUCCUCUUAUGUACUCUCACCCUUACAGCCAGAUCACUGUAGAGACAGAGUUUGACAAUCCAAUCUAUGAGACUGGGGACACAAGAGAAUAUGAAGUUUCUAUAUAGGAAAGAUUUUAGUAUCAAAGCAGGUGCCCGACACCUUCAUUCAAGAUUCAAGAUGUCACUCGUGACAAGUGAUAGAACUUCCUCAGUGCUUAAUCCAGAGACUAUGUGGAAUUGAACCUUUUAGAUUUUUUUAGCUGUAUUUCCUUUCAACUCUUUCUUGAAGAUUUCCAUCCCUGUAUUUAUAACAUUUACAUUUAAAUAUCUGUGGUUAAAAAAAAAAGAGGAAAAAAUAAGAAAAAAAAAACAAACUGUGAUGUUGCAGGACAAAGUGUGAAUAAAUGCUUUAUAAAAAUGGACUGGGGGCACUACAAAGGUUGUUCUAUCAAGAGUUCUGCAGAACUGCAAUAAAGUGACACUCUUCGAAAUGUAUAUUUUAAAGCGGAUUUUAAAAUUUAGCUGCUUAAAUGCUUUCGUGCCCCAGAUGUAUCCAAGACUAAAUUGUGUCACUCUCACCACGGAAUCGUAAUUUAACAAAUAAUAUUAAUACUUUUCUUGAGAAACACAUUUGAUGCACUUUAGUGUCAUACAGCUGUUAGUAUAGAGGUUUACAGUGAAAUGUAUAACUCCUGCUCUUUUGUACAUAAUGUUUAUAUACUCCAUAGUGUUCUAUGUUGAUACUCAUGCUACAUAACAUUUUUAACAGGGUUUUGGUUUCUCCAUGGCUCAAAAAUAAACCAGUAUCAAAAAUUUGGUUAAAUGUGUAUCGCUAAGAGCAGAGCCAAUCAAGUCAUUAUACGUUCCUAAAACCCUAAUCACUGGGGGGAAAACAUUAGCUUUCUCUUCGGUCUGAGAUGGUUUUGUACCCGUGUGUACAAAAUGUAUUAUUUUAGAGCAACGUGGUCCUUCUUGGUAAAGUGGUGCACAAUGUAGCCAUCAAAAGCAUAAGCUCGUGGGCGGGUACCACCA